AUGACGUCGCUCAACAUGAGCCCCGAGGAGCUGAAGCAGCUAGAGCUGUUGCGCAACCGGUUCGCCCAGCUCACUAACAAUCUUGCGAGCUUGCGCGAAAGCGUCUCGAACUCCAAUCCUCUUCCCACAUACGAGUCCCUCCAAGCUUCCGUAAACAUCCUCCAGGCAAACAUCCGCUCGAUCCAAGAAAUCGCGACGGAGAACGCCGGCAUGUUCCAGCGCCUCGCCAUCCACCCCUCGACCAACUUCCCCGGCCGCACGCACGAGCACAUCCUCACCCAACUACUACGCAAGAAGCUCGAGCCGGGCGUCGAGAGCUGGGUGGAGGAGGCCCGCGCCACCGCGCGCGGGGUCGGCGUGGACGCGAGCAAGCUGGCCGGCGGCGUGCACCGGCGGGGCGAGCACGACUACGACGACGAGGGCACGUACGGCAUGGACGAGGACGACGACGCGCCCCAGGACCCCUUCAGCGAGCAGUGGGCCGACAUGCUGGAUAACUUCCAGCAGACCCUGCAGCAGUACGUCACGGUGCAGGUCAAGAAGAAGUACACGGCCGAGGAGAGGGCGGCCGGCAUCGAGAAUGUGCGGACGGGGUUGCGGCAGGCGCUGGAGGAGAGCGACGAGGAAGAUGAAGAUGAGGAGGAGGAGGAGGAGGAGGAGGAGGAAGAAGAGACCACCGCUGCCGCAGGUGACGCCGGGGGUCUGACUGCUGGACCCGGGGGCCCUGCGGCGGCGGGCGGGACGACGCUGGCGGUGAUCGAGCCGGAGCACAUCUUCUACUUGCAAGCCCAGGGCAACCUACAGCUUCCCGGGAAUGUCUCGAUCGAGUCGAAGCGCAUCCAAGCGGCGCCAACUCGGCGAGUGGCGCCGCCGCGGUGA